AUGCUUACAUACGAAGAGGUAUCGAAACAUAAUAAGAAAGAUGAUUGCUGGGUGAUAAUACAUGGCAAAGCCUUCGAUGUGACAUCUUUCUUGGAUGAUCAUCCUGGAGGCUCUGGUAUCAUCUUGAAAUAUGCUGGCAAAGAUGCGACGAAAGCUUUUGAUCCAAUUCAUCCCAGUGAUACACUUACCAAGUAUCUCCCUCCCCAAUUUCAUUUAGGUGCGGUUGAUCCGUCGAGUAAGAAACGCAAUCAGGCUCGAACAAGCAGUCAAAUAUCCUCAUUGGCUCACAAUACUCAAGAACCAUUGGUAGGAGGUGUAAUCGCGAGCGAACCACGAAGCUAUCCACAAGUCAAUGAGUUUGAUGUGGAAUAUGAUGAGCAUGAAGGUAAAGAAGCUCUUUUUGUGACCAAUGUGGAGACGGGAUCUUAUUCCGAGGCAAGUAAGAUGACACCACGAAAGUCUGAUCCGUACGACGAUGCAGACGACGACGAGGAUGAGCCCCCUUCGGUUCACGAGCUAAACAGAAGGCAGAUGAUUGCAAAGAAGCCGGACCUUGGCCAGAUGUAUAACUUGCACGACUUCGAACACGUCGCUAAAAACACCAUGGAGUUAACAGCAUGGGCGUAUUACUCGUCAGGAGCUGAUGACGAGAUUGCCUUAAGGAAUAACCAUUUAGCUUAUCAUAGGGUUCUUUUCAGGCCCAGAAUUUUGAUGGAUGUUACGAGAAUUGAUUUGCUGACCACGAUGCUUGAUUGUGAAAGCUCUGUCCCAUUUUAUAUUACUGCCACAGCCCUUGGAAAGCUUGGACAUCCCGACGGCGAAAAGGUGCUUACUAGAGCUGCGUCUCGCCAGGGAGUCAUUCAAAUGAUACCUACUUUAGCAUCCUGCUCGUUUGAUGAAAUUAUGGAUGAGGCUGACGGUAAACAAUCACAAUGGUUUCAGUUAUAUGUCAACUCUGACAGAGAGGUCACCAAGAAUCUCGUGCAACAUGCUGAAAGAAGGGGAAUAAAGGGAUUGUUCAUCACGGUUGAUGCGCCACAGUUAGGCAGACGUGAGAAAGACAUGAGAUCGAAGAACGUCGAGGACUUAAGUCAUGUACAAGGUGACGGUGAAGAUGCUGAUAGAACUCAAGGGGCAGCUCGUGCAAUUUCAUCUUUUAUUGACACAUCCUUGAAUUGGCGUGAUAUUUCAUGGUUUAGGUCAAUAACGAAGAUGCCGAUUGUCUUAAAAGGAGUUCAACGCGUUGAAGAUGCACUUCUCGCAAUUGAACAUGGCGUUGAUGGAAUUGUAAUUUCGAAUCAUGGUGGAAGGCAGCUUGACCUGGUAAAAGCUCCUAUCGAGGUUUUAGCUGAACUUCAGCUGGUGCUUAAGGAAAAGAAUCUCUAUUCCAAAAUGGAGAUUUUCAUAGAUGGCGGGAUAAGAAGAGGAAGCGAUAUCCUCAAAGCAAUUGCUCUCGGGGCCAAAGGUGUGGGACUUGGAAGACCUUUCUUGUAUGCCAUGUCUACAUAUGGCGACGAUGGGGUCUACAAGGCUAUUCAGAUUUUGAAGGACGAGAUGAUCAUGAACAUGAGGCUUCUUGGUGCGCGUUCUAUUAAGGAGCUUGAUAGUGGUAUCAUUGAUACUUCGGCUCUCAACAGACACGUUCCCGAAGACAAGUUGUUCAGCGAAAUUUACGAACCGCUCAGCUCACCGGCCUUUACUGAUAAACCGAAAUUAUACCGCUGUUGGUAUCCUGACGAAGCUCAAGGAUGGAUAGGUGUGAAAGUCAUAUCUAACAAAGAGGUUGAUGGUAAGUUCACCCUCCAAUUAGCCUCUGAGACUGACGAAACAAUCUACACGGUUGAAGCGGGUCAGCUCUCGGAAGAUGAAGCUACUUUGCCGCCAUUGAGAAAUCCACCCAUUUUAGAGGCUGCUGAAGAUCUCACUUCCUUGUCGUACCUUAACGAGCCGGCCGUUUUGCAUGCUAUCAAAGUUCGCUAUUCUCAAUUGAAUAUCUAUACCUACUCUGGCAUUGUUUUAAUUGCAACCAAUCCUUUUCAAAAAGUCGAUCAGCUUUAUUCACAAGAUAUUGUUCAAGCCUACGCAGGCAAGACUAGGGGUGAGCUUGAUCCUCACCUAUUUGCAAUAGCUGAGGAUGCUUAUCGUUGUAUGAAGAGGGACGGUCAGAAUCAAACAAUCGUUGUUAGCGGAGAGUCCGGUGCUGGAAAAACAGUGAGUGCUAAAUACAUUAUGAGGUACUUUGCAUCUGUUGAAGAAGAGUCUGAACUUGAAAGUAAGGUGGGCACUGAGCAUAAAUCAGACAUGUCGGAUGUCGAGAAGCAGAUUCUUGCAACAAACCCGAUCACCGAAGCGUUUGGGAAUGCAAAAACUACCAGAAAUGACAACUCUUCGAGGUUCGGGAAAUAUUUGGAAAUACUCUUUGACCUGAACACAGCAAUCAUAGGUGCUCGAAUCAGGACUUACUUGUUAGAGAGAUCCAGGCUAGUUUUCCAGCCGAGCGGAGAAAGAAAUUAUCAUAUAUUUUACCAAAUGCUUGAGGGUAUGAAAGUUGAAGAAAAGGCGGCCCUCAGCUUGGGUACAGCUGCAGACUAUUGCUACACAAAUCAAGGGGACGCGAUCGCAAUUGCUGGUGUGGAUGAUGGUGAAGACUUCAUUACAACAAAGCAGUCCUUGGGCUUGAUUGGAAUUAACGAUGACAUGCAAAAACAAAUCUUUAAGCUUUUGGCAGCAAUGUUACACAUCGGUAACAUUGAAAUUGCAGCCACUCGGAAUGACGCGUACCUCUCUUCUGAUGAGCCUAACCUCGUUAAAGCAUGUGCUUUAUUGGAAAUUGACGCUUCCAAUUUUAGCAAGUGGUGCGUCAAGAAGCAGAUUACCACAAGAUCAGAGAAAAUUAUUAGCAGUUUGAACCACAAGCAGGCAAUAGUCGCCCGUGACUCAUUCGCAAAAUACAUAUACUCUGCGUUGUUUGAUUGGCUUAUUGAUUUCAUCAAUACUGAUCUUUGUCCGCCUGAAGUUGGAAAAGAAAUAUCCUCUUUCAUUGGAGUUUUGGACAUUUAUGGCUUUGAACAUUUCGAGAAAAACUCUUUUGAGCAGUUCUGCAUUAAUUAUGCCAAUGAGAAGUUGCAACAGGAAUUCAACCAGCAUGUGUUUAAGCUAGAACAAGAGGAAUACAUGCGUGAAGAAAUUGAGUGGUCUUUCAUUGACUUUUCCGACAACCAGCCAUGCAUCAACUUGAUUGAGAAUAAACUCGGAAUCCUCGCACUUCUUGACGAAGAGUCGAGAUUACCUGCUGGAAAAGAUGAAUCAUGGGUUGAGAAGAUGUAUCAAAGCCUUGAUAAACCGCCAACUAACACAGUUUUUAAGAAGCCUAGAUUUGGACAAACGAAAUUCGUCGUUAGUCAUUACGCUUUGGAUGUUACCUACGAUAUUGAAGGUUUCAUUGAAAAAAAUAGAGAUACCGUUGGAGAAGGCCACCUCGAUGUGUUGAAAGCAACAGAAAAUAACUUGCUUGCAGACGUUCUCUCUGUCAUCGAUAAAAAUGCUACAAAAAUGGAAGCUAGUACUUCCACAAAGAAGAGCAUUUCUGCGAAGAAACCGACUCUAGGCUCAAUGUUUAAAAACUCACUUAUUGAUUUGAUGAAGACCAUUAAUUCUACUAAUGUUCAUUACAUUCGAUGCAUUAAGCCUAAUGAAGAAAAGAAAGCUUGGGAGUUUGAUUCACUUAUGGUCUUAUCUCAGUUGCGGGCUUGUGGUGUUUUGGAGACUAUUCGCAUAUCCUGCGCUGGUUUUCCCUCCCGAUGGACUUAUGUGGAAUUCGCUGAUAGGUAUCAUAUACUAGUACCAUCUGAAGAAUGGCUUAAGGUCAUGGGAGGUGACACGACUCAAGAGUCUGUCUCUGGUUUAUGUGACAAGAUUCUUUCUAAAAACAUCGAGGACGAAGGGAAGUACCAAUUGGGUAACACUAAAAUUUUCUUUAAGGCCGGUAUGCUUGCCCAUUUCGAAAAGUUGCGGUCUGAUAAGCUUCAUAGGUCUGCCGUCAUGAUCCAGAAAAACUUAAGGCGCAACUUUCACAGAAAACAAUACUUGGACAUUAGGUCAAGUUUGGUGAAUUUGGAGUCAUUGGUAAGAGGUUAUUGCACCAGAAGACGUGUUCAGCACGAGAAGGAGAAUGCGGCUGCUGUCAUGAUUCAGACAUUGUUGAGAUCUCAUCUUAUAAAGGAUCGGGUUAAGAGGGCCAUUGGAAGCGUUCUCACCUUACAAAAUGCAUUGAGAGGUUACCAGGCAAGACGUGUCUUCCAGAGUUCUAAAUUGGAAAAGGCUACCGUAAUUCUUCAAAGUGCAUUCAGAUGUCGUCAGACCCGUGAAAAGUUCUUGAAAGAGAGGACUUCUGCCAUUGUCAUUCAGUCGCAUGUAAGAAGGAAGUCUGCUCGUCGUGAACUCAUGGCAUUGCGAGAGGAUGCAAAAUCUGUCAACCAUUUGAAAGAAGUGUCUUACAAGUUGGAAAACAAGGUUAUUGAGUUAACUCAAUCUCUAACAACAAAAAUUAAAGAUAAUAAAUCUUUGAUGGAGGAAAUUGAUGGCCUAAAGAACCUUUUGACGCAAUCCAGUUCGGCAACUGAGACCCUUAAAGCCCGCGAGUUGGAGUUCAAUGAAAAAUUCGACGUACAGAACGAAAAUUAUAAGAAGGAGGUCGAGCUGUUAAAUGUUGAACUUGAAUCUAUUCGGAAGGAAUACCAGAGUGCCGAAAUGCGAAUCGAAGAAUUGACCAGAGAGCAGGCAGAGCUUAGACAAGAAGUGAAGCAAAAUAUUGAAGAACUUCACGAAGCGAAGGAUGCACUUGUGAAGAGGGAUACCAUUGAGGUAGACCUCAAAAGUCAUAUCGAGCAGUUGCAACUUCAACUUUCAAGCCUUCAAUCCCAGACAGCUAACGUGCAAUCCGCGAAAACGCGUGGUAUUGGCAAUAAAAGACAUAGCAGCGCGGGUGGUUGGAAUCCUCAGCAUGUUUUCGACCUGCAACGACCAGUUUCUGUCAUUGCUGUAUCUAACGAAGAUGUGGCAGACGUCGACGAUAUUAACGACGAGUUGUUCAAGCUCUUGAGAGAUACACGCCCACUUCAUAGAGAGAUAGUGGAAGGUUUGUUGAAAGGUCUCAAGAUCCCUCCAUCUGGUGUUGCUGCUGAUUUGACCAGGAAAGAAGUGUUGUUUCCUGCUAGAAUCAUCAUAAUUAUCCUCUCAGAUAUGUGGAGACUAGGCCUAACAAGAGAAAGUGAAGAAUUUCUUGGUGAGGUUUUAGCGGGCAUUCAGCAUAUCGUCUCAGCAUUGAAGGAGGAUGAGGUGAUUUCGAAUGGUGCGUUUUGGCUCUCCAACACACAUGAGUUAUACUCAUUUGUAUCGUAUGCACAACAAACGAUUAUCGCAAAUGACUCCUUAUCUCAUGAUAUGAGUGAGGAGGAAUUUGAUGAGUAUCUUAAGCUAGUGGCUGUGGUCAAAGAGGACUUUGAGUCUUUAUCCUACAACAUUUAUAACAUGUGGAUGAAGAAGAUGGAGAAAGAUUUGGAAAAGAAAGCUGUUUCUGCUGUUGUCAUUUCACAAUCUCUUCCAGGCUUUAUGGCUCCAGAAAGCUCCCCGUUUUUGGCAAAGGUGUUCUCACAGGGUGUCCAGUAUAAAAUGGAUGAUAUCUUAUCAUUCUUCAAUACCGUGUACUGGUCUAUGAAAUCCUACUUCAUUGAAACUGAAGUCAUGAAUUCGGUCAUCAUUGAGCUCUUGCGGUUUGUGGAUGCGUUAUGCUUUAAUGAUUUGAUAAUGCGCAGAAAUUUCUUAUCAUGGAAACGUGGUUUACAGUUGAACUACAACGUCACUAGGCUCGAGGAAUGGUGCAAAAGCCAUGACGUACAAGAAGGAUCGAUCCAUCUCAACCAUUUACUACAGGCUGCAAAGCUUUUGCAGCUUAGGAAGAACACACCAGAGGAUAUUGACAUUAUUUAUGAGAUUUGCUUUGCCUUAAGACCGAUUCAGAUCCAAAAAUUGAUAUCGCAAUACUUUGUUGCCGAAUAUGAGACGCCAAUUGCUCCUGAUGUCUUGCAAGCUGUUGCUGACAAAGUGAAGAUGAGCGAUGGUUCUAACGACGACCUUUUUGAAGUGGUGGCUACGGACGGCCACUUCGACGAUCCAUUCAGGGAUGUGAACUUGCGGCCUUUUUCGAGAGUGGAGGCAUAUGUUCCUGCGUGGUUAAGUCUUCCGGUGAUAAGGAGAAUAGUUGAACUUGUUGCUAAAAAUGCAUCAGCACAAGAGGACAACGUGCCGUCCUCUACUGAUCCAUUGGUGAGUUAG